AUGGCGUUGUCAAAAACGGCCGUUGUGGUCGGAGUUGGGCCAGGCAAGACACAGGACGUGAUCGCAGCGCAUGCAAGAGUUUCUGAAGCAUUCGGCAAUCCAGAGGUGCUCGUCUACAACGCUGGCCCUGGAAUGACCUGGCCACCCCCUGCCGCUCUCGACAUUGACCCAGACACCUUCAGCCGCAGCUUUGAUGCUGGCGUCACUGGCGCUCUUGUGUGGGCGCAGCAGGUGCUGCCGGCCAUGCUGCAGGCCGGGAAGGGCACAAUCAUCUUCACAGGCGCAACUGCGUCGAUCCGGGGCGGCGCAAAAUUCGCAUUGCUGGCAUGCCCCAAAUUUGCCCUGCGCUCUCUCGCUCAGUCCCUGGCCAGAGAGUUCCAGCCGCAGGGGGUGCAUGUGUCGCACGCCGUCAUAGACGGGGUGAUUGACUCACCCCGGCUGCGCAGCAUGCUACCAGAUCGGGACCCAAAAAAUUUCUUGAGUCCGGACGCAAUUGCAGACGCGUAUUGGCACCUGCAUGCUCAGGACAGCACGGCAUGGACGCAUGAGAUCGACCUCAGGCCGGCGUCCGAGAAGUUUUGA